AUGGCAGAUUUGCCUAAGGAGCGCAUUCAGGCCUCACGAGCCUUCAUCGUCACAGGAGUGGACUACUGUGGUCCAUUUUAUUUCAAACCCGAAAUCCGCAACAAGUCACCUCAGAAAUGUUACAUCAGCGUCUUCAUCUGUUUCGCAACCAAGGCCGUGUGGAUGAAGCUAGUGAGGGACCUUUCAACAGGUGCUUUCUUAGGGGCUCUCAAGCGAUUUACGGCAACACGCGGCAUGCCAAGCUGUAUUUGGUCAGACAACGCAACCAAUUUCGUAGGUGCUAAGAACGAGUUGAGGGACCUAAAACGCUUACUCCUAAGUGAAGAGCACCGCAGCAAGGUUCACGUUCACUGCCUCAACAAUGGUUUCGACUGGCGAUUCAUACCACCUCGUUCACCACAUUUCGGCGGCUUGUGGGAAGCCGCAGUAAAAAUGGCUAAACAACACCUGUACCGCACUCUUGGCUCUGCAAUUCUUGGUUUCGAUGAACUACGUACUUUGGUAUGUCAAAUCUCCGCUAUAAUUAACUCUCGACCUCUUGUACCUCUUUCAGAAAAUCCAGAAGACCUUGAUGCUUUAACUCCAGGUCAUUUUCUUAUUGGCGGCCCGCUUACAGCUGCUCCUGAGCCUAACAUCACGCAUUUGAACUACAAUCGACUCGGCCGCUGGCAGCGUGUCACAUACUUCCAACAACUAUUUUGGAAACGAUGGAGCGAAGAAUACCUCACUCUUCUUCAACAAAGAGCAAAAUGGCGCACCCCUCACCCCAAUGUGCAAAUCAACGAUAUUGUAUGCAUCAAAGAUGAAAAUUCAGCGCCUCUUAAGUGGCCUCUUGCACGCGUCAUCGAAGUUAUUACUGGUGAGGACGGUGUUGCACGAGUAGCUGUUCUACGUACAUCCACUGGCCUUACACGUCGAGCUGUUACUAAAUUGUGCCUCCUUCCGACUAAGGAAUCAGUUGAAAGCCCUGAACUUUCAACGGAGGGGAGGAUGUUGGGAGCAGCACCUAAUUUACAUGACAUAAUUUAA